GGGGAGUGUAAAGUAAUCUGGGGCACAUUUGCUGCAGCACAGCGCAGGGCUUCAAGUCCAGAAGCCAAACGCAACCCUAACAAUCUUUUCAGGCCAAUUACGCUAGGCCAAUUUUCUCUUCCCUCCUUCAGCAAACACAGACUUUAGCCUUAGCGGUUGGCAAUAGUGAUGGUCCUCCAAUGACCACGUUCACCAUCUCUCCAACUCCAGAAGCUCUUUUCUUUCCUCAGAUCUCCAUAACCUACAAAUCACCCAUUACUUUCCCUCUCCUUCAUGAACCCAAAUCACCACCGCAAUCGAAAUGCUUAAACCCCUUAUCAAGUCCCCAUCAUUUCUAAAAACCGCCCUCCAUUGUCUCUUCUUCUCUUCAAAACCUAAUUACCCAACCGCCAAAACCCAUUUGUCCAAUUUAAUAUCUAAAGUACUUGACCUUUUAUCGGCUGAUCCCCAGUGGCCUAGAAAUCCUGAAUUCAAUCGCUUAGCUUCUGCCCUCAAGCCUCAUCAUGUUUCAAAAAUUAUCAGUACGCAUAAGAAUACAGACACUGCCCUUCAGUUCUUUUAUUGGAUUUCUAGGAGGCAUUUUUACAAACAUGAUAUGGUUUGUUUUGUUUCAAUGCUAAAUAGGCUUGUGAGAGAUCGAACCUUUGCUCCUGCUGAUCAUGUUAGGAUUUUGAUGAUUAAAGCUUGUAGAAAUGAGGAAGAACUUAAAAGGGUAGUUGAGUAUUUGAAUGGACUUAGUUGUAAUGGUGUUUUUGAGUUUAGUUUGUACAGUUUCAAUACUCUUCUGAUUCAGUUGGGCAAGUUUGACAUGGUUACUUUAGCUCAAAAUGUGUAUAUUCGAAUUUUGAGUAGUGAGGUUAAGCCUAGUUUAUUGACAUUUAAUACUAUGAUUAAUAUUUUGUGUAAGAAAGGAAAAGUUCAGGAGGCUAUGUUGGUUUUAAAUAAGCUUUUUCAGUUUGAUAUAUUCCCUGAUGCCUUCACAUAUACUUCGUUGAUUCUUGGUCACUGUAGGAAUCGUAAUUUGGAUAAAGCUUUUGAGAUUUUUGAUAGAAUGCUUAAGGAUGGUUGCGAUCCUAAUUCAGUCACAUAUUCAACUCUCAUCAAUGGGUUGUGCAAUGAAGGAAGGAUUAGUGAUGCAAUGGAUAUGCUUGAAGAAAUGAUUAAGAAAGGGAUUGAACCAACUGUGUAUACAUAUACAGUGCCAAUUAGUAUUUUGUGUGAAGUCGGGCGUGUGGACGAGGCUAUUUGUCUUGUCAGAAGUAUGAGAAACAGAGGUUGUAGGCCAAAUGUGCAAACAUAUACGGCGCUUAUUAGUGGGUUGUUUCAUGCAAGAAAAGUGGAAGUGGCAAUAGGGUUGUAUCACAAAAUGCUUAGGGAAGGUUUUUUUCCAAGCACAGUUACAUAUAAUGCAUUGAUAAAUGGAUUUUAUAUGGAAGGGAGAUUUGGCAAUGCUUUGAAGAUAUUUUAUUGGAUGGAGGGACUUGGUACCUUGGCAAGUGUACAAACAUACAAUCAGAUUAUAAAGGUGCUGUUUGCAGUGGAUAAUAUUGAGAAGCCAAUAUUUAUUUUCAAUAAAAUGCUCAAGGAUGGCCCGUCUCCAACUGUGGCAACAUACAAUACACUCAUUGUUGAAAACCUCAAACGAGGAUAUCAUAACAAUGCUAUGAGAUAUUUUGAGAUGAUGAAGGAAAGUGGCUGUGAACCUGAUGAGAUGACUUACUGUGAACUUAUUUCAGGUCUUUGCAAGGGGGGGAAAUUGGAUUCUGCAACUGGUAUUUUCCGUGAGAUGCUUGAACGUGACAAAAGCCCAAACCAGUGGACUUAUACAGCCAUGAUUGAUGGCUACUGUAAGGAGGGAAAGAUGGAUGUUGCCUUGUCAUUGUUUGAAAGGAUGAAAGAAAAUGGUUGUUCUCCUGGAGUUGAAACUUAUAAUGCCAUUAUAAGUGGUUUUUCUAGAGAUAAUAGAUAUUCGGAGGCUGAGAAAUUUCGUGAUAAGAUGACACAAGAAGGAUUGUUACCAAACACAAUCACUUACACGUGUUUGAUUGAUGGACUCUGUAGGAAUGGUGGGACCAAUCUGGCAUUCAAGAUUUUGCAUGAAAUGGAAAAGAACAAUUGUUUACCAAAUGUGCAAACUUAUACUUCUCUUAUUUAUGGUUUAUGUCAAGAAGGCGAGGCGGAUGAUGCAGAGGGAUUACUUCAAGAAAUGGAGAAAAAGAAAUUGGUCCCAGAUGUGGUCACAUUUACUGCACUUAUUGAUGGUUUUGUGUUGCUUGGUAGGCUAGAUCAUGCAUUCACACUUCUCCGGCGGAUGAUUGAUAUGGGAUGCGAACCAAACUAUCGAACUUACAAUGUAUUGUUGAAAGGGUUGAGGGAAGAAUGCCAAGAAAGAGUUGUGGCCCAAAAUGAGAUAGUUUAUGGGUGCAGCUUAGAUGAGAUGCUUAAUAUUUUUGAAUUGAUUUGUAAUCUCUUAUUAAGGUUGGCAGAGAAUGGAUUUGAAAUUACUUUCAAUACGUAUAGUACUAUAGUCAGUGGCUUGUGUAGAGAAGGCAAGUCUUACGAGGCAAGUCAGCUGGUAGAAAAUAUGAAGGAGAGAGGCUUAUCUCCUAAUACAGAAAUCUACUGCUCGCUUUUACUUGCUCACUGUAAGAAGUUAGAAGUGGAUCCUGCUUUAGAAAUAUUCAAUUCACUGGCAGUAACAGAGUUCAAGCAUGCUCUGUAUAUCUAUAAAGUGAUCAUUUGUGCACUUUGCAGAGUAAAUCGAGUGGAAGAAGCUCAGAGCAUAUUUCAAAGAUUGCUUGAGAAAAAAUGGAAUAGCGAUAUAAUUGUUUGGGCAGUUUUGGUUGAUGGGUUAUUGCAGGAAGGGCAGUCAGAUGUAUGCAUGAAGUUUCUCUCUCUCAUGGAAUCUAGAAACUGUACUCCCAGUCUGCAUACUUACGAAAUCUUAGCAAGAGAACUAUCAAAAGCUGGAAAGUCAUUAGAAACUGAUAAAAUCUGUUAUGAAUUGAAAGAGUUAAGCUUCCCUUCAUAAUAUACCAAUGUUGAUGUGUGGCUUUGUCUGUGGAAUGCACCCUGGAAAUAUAUUUGCUGGGAUGACAAUUUUUCUGUCCCUGUAUAUAAUUUUUUUUGAGCACUCGUUACUUUCCAGCUCCAUUCUUCAAUAAAGAAGCUACACCCAUUUUUCAUUGAUGUGGAAUUGCAUAAUGUGACAGGAUGAAGAAGCUUAUGUUGUAUCAUCAGAAGAUGCUGAUCAUUUCAGGAAUCAGCAUUACAUCUGGAUGUAGCAAAGGCCUGGAUUUUAACUUAAAGACUCUCUGUGAUUGCAAUACUAAGUUUCUCUUCCAGACUUGCCCAUCCAAUAGUAUGGCAGAUUGAUUUUUGUACCAAUGCUUCCUGUAGCAGACUUUAGUUUCUGUUUUUUAAUUGUUGGAAGAGUAGUUUUUUGAAAUGUCAGAGCAGAUGGAGGAGGAAUGCAUCUAAUAGAGAGACAUGUUUACCUUAACAUUUGUUUCAUGGAAAAGAUCACUGUUGAGGUAAAUCCCAGAAGACAAAUAGCUUCAAAUUUUAACAGCAAGGAACAUCUGGGAUUCUUGGAAUAGUAUACCAUACUAGAAUGAUAGAUUUGUGACUGGGUAGUUGUUUACUUGAGAAUGAUAGAAAUAUCAAAGAAGGUAUUUUGCAUAUUCUACAGGAAAAGCUGCAAACAAGUUGAGCAACUAAGAGACAUGCAUAUCAAUGUGCAUUUGCAUGAUUUUGAUGUUAACUGCUCUUUAUAUUGGCCAGGACAGGUUAAAGUUAUAAAAUCCAGAGAAGCUAAUUGAUCUCAA